AUGAGCACAGUUGCAUUUAAAUCAGUUAAGCCUCUGAAUUAUAUGAUUAGUUAUAGUUGUCACUUUUCUAAUUUGAUAAUGAAGCCUGCAGAGCUUCUCAAAAUUGAAUGUGUGUUAUGUGAUCAGAUUCCAGUUGUGAGAAGGUUUACUGGGGGAGGUACUGUUGUCGUUGAUCCCAGCACAAUAUUUGUCACUUUCAUAUGCAAUAAGGAUGCUGUUGCUGGCUUACAACCAUAUCCUCAACCUAUUAUGUCUUGGACUGGUGCGUUGUACAACAAAGUUUUCCAAGGAAUUGGGGAUUUCCACCUUCGUGAAAAUGGUAACUGCACACUUCACAAUACCAAUUAUGUAUUUGGUGACCGCAAGUUUGGUGGAAAUGCUCAAUCAAUUACUAAAAACCGGUGGAUCCACCACACAUCUUUUUUAUGGGACUAUGAGGUUAGAAACAUGGCUUACUUGAAACUUCCUGCAAGAGCUCCCGAAUAUCGACUGUGCUAUUUUGAGAAGGCAAUAUAUGGGAACAUUGUGAAACAAUUUGCAUGA